AUGGCUGCAAACCUGUUGUCCCGAUACCCAUGGGUGUCAAGCCCUUUCUUGGUCAGCGCCCCAAUGCGAGUUAUGUCCGGUCCAGCAUUAGCAGUCGCUGUUUCUCGUGCCGGGGGUUUAGGAUUCAUCGGGCCUGGUGCCAAGACACAAGACACAAGUGACGAUCUCGAGGAAGCAUCGUCGCUACUCCGCCAAGCAGCGAACUCAAUCUCAAACACUGGUUCUGCGCUACCUAUCGGUGUAGGAUAUCAGCUCUGGGCUGAUGAUAUCAACAUCGCCGUUGCUGGAAUUGAGAAAUACAAGCCUUGUGCAGCCUGGUUAUACGCCCCGCGCCGUGGACCCCAAGAUUUCGAUGACUGGUCUAGCCAAAUCCGACAUGUAUCCCCUGAGACCCAAAUAUGGAUUCAGAUUGGUACAUUGAAAGAAGCAAAACAACUUCUUCAAAGUGUUCAGCGGCCAGAUGUUGUCGUCAUUCAAGGGGCCGAGUCUGGUGGGCACGGUCGGGCGAAGGAUGGAAUGGGACUCAUGGCAUUGCUUCCUGAGGUGGCUGAUGUCAUGGCAAGCAGUCAAAUUCCCCUAUUCGCAGCUGGAGGUAUUGCCGACGGGCGCGGAGUUGCAGCCGCGAUGUGCCUGGGCGCCUCGGGUGCGGUGAUGGGGACUCGGUUCCUGGCUGCUAGUGAAGCGCGAAUUAGUCGAGGAUAUCAGAAUGAGGUUGUUCGUGCAUCUGAUGGUGCGGCUUCAACGACCCGCACUCUGCUGUACAACCAUCUCAGGGGUACAUUUGGGUGGCCGGAGGAAUACAGUCCAAGAACCAUCUUUAACAGGUCGUUCAUUGAGCAACAGCAAGGAAAGUCUUUUGAGGAACUCAAGAAACUCCAUAACGAAGCUACCAAGGCAGGUGAUAAAGGCUGGGGGCCUGAGGGCAGACUCGCAACCUAUGCCGGAGCAGCUAUUGGGUUGAUUCAUGAGGUAAAGGGGGCAGGAGAUAUUGUUCAUGAUGUUCGAGAGGAUGCUCUGAACAGGAUUGGGAGACUGCGGUCCAACAAGAUCUAA